UUUUGGAAGAAGAAUUUAAUUAUUUGUAGACAAAAAUAUGGAAGAAGUUGAGAUACCACAAUAUUUUCUAUGUCCGAUAUCACUUAUGAUAAUGAAAGAUCCGGUGACGACGGUGACCGGAAUAACAUACGACCGGGAAAGUAUCGAGAUGUGGUUGUUAACGGCGGAGGAAGAGGCGGAGGAGGAAGCCGAGGCGGUGACGUGUCCGGUGACAAAGCAAAAAUUGCCUAGAGACACUGAGUUGUUGACACCAAACCAUAUGCUCCGGCGACUUAUUCAAGCUUGGUGUAUUGCUAAUGCAAGUAAAGGGAUUGAUAGAAUUCCAACUCCUAAAUAUCCUCUUGACAAAUCCCAUAUGCUUCGACUCGUCCGUCAGGUGAAUAAUCAUCAGAUUUGUAUUGAAGCAUUGAGGAAAAUUGAAGCUUUGGUGAUUGAGAAUGAGAAGAACAAGAAAUGCUUAGAAGAAGUUGGUGCAAUUAAGGCUAUGGUUUCUUUUAUUGUGAAAAGUUUUAAAGAAAAAAAACUAAUCAAUGGUCUUGAACAUGCUUUGAGAAUUUUUCACCUAGUUUGGAGCCCAACAACUAAAAAUGAGCAACUUGUGAAGGAAAAUCAUGAUCUAAUUGAAGCUAUUUUAUGGAUUCUAAGGAGUGAAAUGAUGAACAAUAAUCAAGUUAUUAUCAAGACUCAUGCAAUGAUGGUGUUGAAAAACGUCAUAGAGAUCUCGAGUUCAAAUCUUUUAUCAGGGUUACAACCCGAGUUUUUUCAAGAAAUGGUAAAUAUAUUACGAAAAGAAAGCAAACAUCACAUCUCUCAACAAGCAACAAAAGUAGCACUACAAGUGCUAAUAGAUACUUGCCCAUGGGGAAGAAACAAGCAUAAAAUCAUCGAAUCGGGAGCCAUUUUCGAGCUAAUCGAGCUUGAAUUAUGUAACACAGAAAAAAGGGUUAGCGAAUUAAUAUUUUGUAUAUUGGCUCAUCUAUGUACCUGUGCUGAUGGGAGGGCGGAGUUCUUGAAACAUGCAGCUGGAAUUAGUGUUAUUACUAAAAGGACACUUAGGGUUUCUUCAACUACAGAUGAUUGUGCAAUUCAAAUUCUUGGAUCAAUUUCCAAAUUUUCUGCUACAAAAGAAGUGUUGAUUGAGAUGUUGAGAGUUGGAGCUGUUUCAAAACUUUGCAUGGUAAUUCAAGCAGAUUGUGAAGAUUAUUUAAAGAAAAAAGCUAUGGAGAUUUUGAGGACACAUUCUUAUGCUUGGGGUAAUUCUCCAUGUAUACAAAUUCAUCUCUUAACUUGAUAUCCAAGAUAAUAGAGCCCUAAAGUGGGUCGUUUGGUAGGCGGACUAAAUUAUCCCGAGAUUAUAUUCCUAGGAUUAUAAUUCUUGGACUAAUUUAUGCCAUCUGGAAUGUGGGAUAAAAUAAUCUCAAGUUUGAUGGGAUUUGUAUUGUAUUUGAUUGACGGUCUAAAUUUAUUCUGGGAUAAAUUUAUACCGUCAACCAAACAAUAUAAAUUUAAUCUCACAUCUUAUCCCACUUUAUUCCGCGUACCAAACGACUAAAUUCUUUGAUUAUUCUAUUCAUUUCUUUUUUUAAUUAUACUUGUAUAAACACAGAAAGACUCUAGUUUCUUUAUUUCUGUAUAACAAUUCUAGUAAGGAUAAUAUGAUAGUAGGCUAGUAUGUAGUCCUGAGUGUUUUUUCCUAUUCCAGUAGUAAUGUUAGUCUUAUUUUCUAAUAUUAUUAGAUUUCUAUUA